UUUUUUAUGGUUAAUGAAUAUAUUUUCUUACAGAAAUUAUUUAAAAUUCUCUUUCAAUAAUUUAAUGAAGACAAGUGAAUUAAUUAAUAAUUUAACUCAAAAUGUUCAAAAUAACUCGAAUAAACAGGAUGAAAGUCGAAGACAAAGUUAUCAAGUAAUAGCAACUCAAGGCCCUGCUAGAUAUGGAAAGCUUGAAUUGCCACAUGGAAUUGUGGAAACGCCUUUGUGUAAUACCUAUCAUUUGGGUCAUCGACCAGGACAUAAAUUAAUUGAAGAAGCUGGUGGCCUUCACAAAUUCAUGCAUUGGCCUAGACCUAUUUUAACAGAUUCUGGUGGUUUUCAAAUGGUCUCCCUUAGUAAGUUGAUGGAAAUUACCGAGGAGGGAGUCAAUUUUGAGUCGCCACACACAAAAGAAAUGACAAUGCUUACACCUGAAUAUUGUGUGGAAAUUCAAGCAUUUGGUUCUGAUAUAAUGAUGCAAUUAGAUCAUGUCAUUCCAUCUUUGACGGAAGGUCCAAUAGUUGAGGAAGCAAUGAGACGAUCAGUUAGAUGGCUAGAUAGGUGUACUAAUGCACAAAAACGACAAUCUGAAUGUGCAUUAUUCCCAAUUGUACAAGGAGGGCUUGAUAUAAGAUUGAGAGAGGAAUGUGUUAAAGAAAUGGUACCUAGAGCAAAAUUAGGGAUUGCUAUUGGAGGGCUAAGUGGUGGUGAGGCAAAGGAUACGUUUUGGAAGGUUGUUGCAAGAUGUUGUGAACUUAUUCCCGUUAGUUUUUUGUUAGACUUUCAAAGGAAUUUUUUGUUUCAGCCACAUUUACCUCGUUAUGUAAUGGGGGUUGGAUGGUCAGUUGAUUUAGUUGUUGCAUCGGCAUUGGGUGCAGAUAUGUUUGACUGUGUUUAUCCUACCAGAACGGCAAGAUUUGGGACAGCUAUAACUAGGAGGGAAGGAGAUCUUCAUUUGAACCAGGCACGUUUUAAGAAUGAUCUACGGCCUAUUGACGAAGAAUGUAAAUGUCAGACCUGCAAAAAAGGUUAUUCUCGUGCUUUUCUUAAUGCAACUAUUGGACAUGAAACAGUAGCCUGUCAUUUGAUAUCCAUUCACAAUCUCUUUCAUCACAUGGAUUUAAUGCGACGUUUAAGAAAAGCAAUAAAUGAGAAUAGGUUAAAUGAAUUUUUGUCUGAAUUUUUACAAGAACAAUACAAAGAAAUGGGGAAUGUGCCCAAAUGGGUGAGAGAUGCAUUGAAUCAUGCUGGGCAUAAUUGGCAGUUUUAG